AGAAAGGUAACUCCAUUCAUCCAUCUUUUGGCGGCUAGCCAAGCCAACUCCACCGGUCGUCCGUCUUCCACCAGAGUUCUUCCAAUCGAUUCGUCGAAUCCCCAUCAAGAUAUGCAAAGAAGAACAAAGGAAAGCAGCCGUAAGCUUCCAGCAGGAUGAGCAAUUACCUGAUUCCCUUGGUUUUGGCAUGAUAUAUGAAUUGGAGAUUUGAGUCGAGCGUCCCAAUAGAACACCUAUAGAUGUGUUAUCUCCCUCAACAUCCUCUUUGGCGUUGUACGGGGUAAGAGAUUUUGCAAGGUAAUGGACCAGUGGAAAGCACAAAGGCAAGGAGAAGCAGAUCACCAAGAAAUUUUCAUUUAUGUACUCUUAAUAAGACAGUUACAAAUUAAUAUGUACAUGAACUGCUUCUACAUAUUAUUCCAAUUAUGCAUUCUUUGUUCUUUGUUCAUAAUAUGUUCUUCGUCCAAGCUUAUACAAACAUGUGUUUUGAUCGAAAAACAUAAAAAC